AGAAAAAAUGCCCCCACACAUCAUGUCAUCACCAUCCCCCAUCCAUCCACCACAUCAGAGAGUCAGUUGGCGGCUUUCGCCUGUGCAGCCAACUCUAACAGCGACCCACCGCCCGCCCCCGAGGCAGCCCGAAUGAGCCGCCCCUCGGGCACGGUGACCGACGGCAUGGCGCCGUGGACAAUCAGCACCAACAGGGGCGGACGGCUGCCCUUCGCUACACCCUUGCCGCCCUUCUGCACACACACACACACACACACAGAUGGUGGGGUGGUUGCUGUCUUUGUGUAUCUGACCUUGCCAGUGGGCGGCAGUGGCUGGUUCGGCGAGGGCAUCUGCACAAACGACGUCAGGAAGUCCACCAUGAGCUUGGGGCCGCCACUGAGGCUCACACCUGCACACAACCACCGCACACACACAAAUGGCGCAUAUCACAGCGGACAAGACGCGAGACGUUAAUUCUCUCUUCUUAUGCUGACUCGGUGCAGGUGGCUGUGCGACGGGCGCUGCUACGAAGGGCAUGGCCGACGGGCCCCCACUGCCGCCCACAGGCUUGCCAAAGCGGCUCAGGAAGUCCACCAAGGCAGCCACUACAUCCUGGUGAUCACACCCCCCACCAGCAUCCCAGCACACCAUUGGCGGACAUGAUGGAUGGCCGGGAUGUCUCUCUCGUUUACUUGGCUGUCUUUGGGAUCUUGAGGCAGGUUGAAGUCGACAGCAGCUAUCUCUACAGUGGUGGACCGGGCACUCACCGGGCCGUAACGAGGCUCACGACAACUGCACAUCAUGACGGCACAACACAACGCGCAGACGUUUUGUUGUUUGGUGUCUCUUCAAGGGUCAGAUUCGUUCGUCCAUUGACCCACCUGUUAGGGUCGGUGAAGUCCUGCAGGUGUGGAUUCAACUUGACAUGUGCCUGUAGACUGACCGCCACGCUCUGCGGCUCCCCCGCCAGCCGCAUACCUCCCGCGAUCUCCUCUACCAAUCCAUCGCCGGAGCUAAACGCUAAGGUACCGCCGCCACCGCGACACCCGCCACUAUCCCUACUCGCGCCACCCGCACCCUCCUCCCCCAUCGCCUCCUCUGGCUGCUCCUUCAUCCCACUGGUCGCCGCCAUCGGCCCCUCUGCCCCCAACCUGCUUUGGAUGAGUGACAUCAGCAGGCUGCCCGCUGUGCUGUCGUCCUCCGCUCCCUCUCGCUCGUCCGUCGGCGGCUCCUCGUUGGGCUCGGCACUGUCGUCCUCCUGCUCCGGGCCGCCCUCCGCUGUGGCGGUGCUGUCGGCGUGUGGGUCGGGGUGCGAUGGUGUGCUUCGCCAGGCGGCCUGUAUGUUGGUGACGGUGUUGUCGGUGGAUGUGCGGAGGGCCGCGAGGGUGUGUGCGAGGGUGUGGAGGAGGCCGGGGGUGGUGGGCUGGCCCCAGAAGGUGUCCCUGGCGCCACUGGUGUCGGUGCCGAUGUUGAGGAGACACAAAUUCUGACCCUCUGAAGGCAGCAACAGGAGAGAGAGGGAAGGAUGAGGGGCGGGGUGUGUGGAAUGCAUGGGUGGCGGCUCACUUGCGAUGACGUCCUCUACCACUCCUGCGAUGUCACCGAGUAGCUGCUCGGGGAGAAAACGCAACGGAGAAUGAGAGCAGAAGGGCCGUGAUUGUGUGUUGGUUUCACCGACCUGCUUGAGUUCGUAGGAGGUGUCAGCCUGCUGUGACGGUGCCGUGCCGUCGACAGACUUGGGGUCCGACCAGUCGACCAUCAGAAUGUGGUUCGGCCGCCCCAGCCGAUUCGACACUGCAAACCACACAUAACAACAGCAACAACAACAACAUACACAAUCCCUUCUCCUCAUUCCCUCCCGUCCAACCCCUUACCGAGCAGCCUGUGGAAGCCCAGCAAGGCCUCAUAGGUCCCCUUGGCAUCCUUGCCCUUCUCCUCCUCUGCUUGCGGCUUGGCCGGCUGCGGCGCACACGAUGGCGCGGGGCCAAACAUGGACGCCAGCAGCGACAUGCCUGACGCAGACGCCGCGCCAGGCAUGGCAGCGAUGGCCUUGAGGUCUAUGGCGGGGGCGGGCGGGGGAUGGGCCGGGACGGGCUUGGCAUCCUUGGUGAUUGUGUCGGCCACAUCCAAAGGGAAGGUCAGCCGGACGGCGAAUGGGUCGGGGGCUGCCGGCUUGGUGGUGGGGGCUGUCUUGGUAUCGUCGUUACUGGCCUUCUCCUGCUCGCUCGUGGGCAGGUCGAUUUUUACAGGGCGUGUUGAUGUGUCCGGUGCCUCGCCCUUCUCGCCAUGGUCAUCCUCCUUUUCCCCCUUGGCCGCUUCCCCGCUCCUGACCAGUCUGCAGACGACACGCGGCCGGGGGCCGGCCUGGUGCUGCUGGUAGUAGGGGGACUGCUCGAGCAGUGUCUGGAUCUUGCGCAUGAGAGCGUCGGUGUGCUGCAGCUCACGCAGAUGCUGCUGCUCUAUCUCGGCCAAGCCGACCUUCCCCGCCUGCAAAUCAGCAGUAGCAAAGAUGUGUGUGGAUGGAUGGAUGGAUGCCUCGCUGUCCCCGCGCUCUCUCACGUGCAUCUGCUGCCGCAGUGUGUCCUUCUGCGUGCCGUGCUGCUGCUUGUCCUUUGCGCACCGCCUCAGCUCAUCCUCUAUCGCCCUAGCCCCCUCCUGCGUGGCUCUCCGCUGCUUGUCAAGCGCCAAAUUCUCCAUGACCAGCCGGUUGCCCUCCUCACGGAGCGCAUCCAGCCGGCCGGUCUUGCCAUCCUUCUCGCCCCUGGCGGUCGCCUGCCGGUCCCUCCGCCCUCCCAGUGCCGUGCGAGUGUCGGCCGCCUUGGUCCUGACCUGCUCCUUGACCUCAUCUCGGGCCUGGCGCAGGUCGCCCACGGCCUCCUUGGCCCGCUCGAGUAGCUCCUCGACGGCGGCUUUCUCCUCGGUGAGCUGCCGCUGCUGCUCCUCCUUGGCUGUGAUCUGGCUCUCGAAGCGCCUAACGGCGGCGUGGAGGGAAUCCCGGCCGCCCUCGUGCCCAGCAGGCUGCCUGAUACGGGCACCUGCACCACGACCACUGCCAGCGUCGCCGGCGGCGUCAAAGGGCUUGCGAUGCCGCAUAUCUCCGGAUCGAGGGAUUGCGGGGGACAAAAG